CGAAACCCGAUGAUUUUGGACAGGCCGCCGUCAAUUGUGACGGUAAGCCGCACCCGACUAAUAAUUUUUUCACAACACACCUUCAAGUUCAAUCCAUCUAUUCUCAUCUCUAGUCAUCCACUCAUCCCUGGCUUCUCUGCUCAAACAUGGGUCCGCAACCUAUAUAUUGUGGGUCCAAGAUAGAGUGUUCUGCGGUUGCGAUUUGGGAUUCUCUCCUCCUGCAGCCGCCGCCUGCACGUCAUUUAAACUCUUGCUUGUCUCCCCCAUCGCAGGAUUCGCAGCGUUUAAAUAAAAGUCCCAUGACUCCCGUUAUAAAUUCCCUUCAAUUCAGUCGGCUGAUUCAACAUUUGACCUUAGCCCCCAUUUUGAAUCUACAUGAACUGGAUUUCGUCUUGAAGACGAGAGCAGAUUUCUCCAUUAUUCAUGCAAGUGGAAAGACCCUCAUCCUUGAAUUGAUCCUCAGAUUUACUUAGCUUUUUUUUUUGCCCUGAACGAGCUAUCCAACCCUUCUCUCAGUAGUGAGCCUUUCUGCAUUCAAAUAGACCAGACAAAUGGUUGUUUUGCCAUUGAAAUUUGCAAUAUAUUGAAUGGGCCCAUAAGCUCCAUUAGCAUGGGAAAAAUGAUGAUAGAACAUGGACAUGAUGAAGCCGAGGCUAGAAGAAGUGUUUCUUUUGCACGUACUAAAAGCAAUACCAGUUCUCGUUGCAUUCAGUAUUCUUUCCCCCAACAGCUGGAGAAUGACAGUGAAAGUGAAUCUGUAUCAGAAUCAGGAGAUAUUGGGGAUAGGGCACUUAGCAGCAAUAUGUCCAGUCGAAGUGGUAGGCUGUUAUUUUCUGUUGAAAAUACUGCCGAAAGUGGUUUGGUUGUGCCUAUUGAAGAGGAAGGUGCUUGGCCACAUGAUCCAACUGCUACAGAUAAUGUUUCUCCUGUUACAAAAUCUGGAGAUGGAAUGAAGAAUUGUGAAAGGGAGGUGCCACGGUGGUUGGAUUAUAUUUCAAGCCUACUGUUUCUAGCUGUCUUUGGAAUAUUAGGGGUAUUACUGAGGUAUGUUCUUGAAAUAUUGUUUGGGCCAGGAAAUGUGGGUGCUACAAGUGAUCAAAACUAUAUGUAUCUCGAUCUUCCUUCUAAUAUGGUUGGUUCAUUUUUAAUGGGUUGGUUUGGGGUGGUGUUCAAAGGAGACAUUUCCAAGCUUUCAGCUCAGUUGGCCAUUGGAUUGACAACAGGUUUUCUAGGAAGCCUUACUACGUUUAGUGGUUGGAACCAGAAGAUGCUUGAGUUGAGCGUAGAAGGUCGAUGGGUUUUUGCAAUACUUGGCAUUCUUAUAGGGUUGUUUCUUGUUGCUUACUCCAUUAUUUUUGGCAUUGAAACUGCAAAAGGUCUUCAAUGGGUUCUGAAAAGAACUGGAAACAAUAGAAAAUCAACAUUUGAAUGCUCUUGGAAGGUGAACAGUCCAAAACGUCAUUUGGUGGUCUCAGUAAUACUGCUUCUUACGUUGGCUUCUCUGUGGACUAUAUGUAUAGCACUCGAGAUAAGGAAGUUCAAAAAGGGAAACAGUGAAUCCCGGCUGUGGUUGGCAUGUCUUGUUGGACCAUUGGGUGUUUGGAUCAGGUGGUUCUUAGCUCGGUUAAAUGGCCGUGGUUUAGGAAAAUCAGGAUUGUUGAAAUGGGUACCCUUUGGAACCUUGAUUGCCAAUGUGUCUGCAGCUUCUGUCAUGGCUGGACUAGCAACCUUGAAGAAAGUCGUAAGCACAAAGGACUGUGAUACGUUUGUUGGAGGCGUCCAGUUCGGGCUGCUGGGGUGUCUUAGUACGGUUUCUACCUUUGUUGCUGAAUUUCACGCCAUGAGAGAAAGCAAACACCCUUGGAGAGCGUAUGCAUAUGCCCUGGCUACAAUACUCCCAUCUUUCAUCUUUGGGACUCUAUUAUACUCUGUGCCAGUGUGGAUAAAGGGAUUUUAAUUAACUGAGGGUUAAGCGGAGAACCUGAUUGAUAAGUUCCAGGCUUGUUGAUUCAGUCAUACAUAGUACUCCCUCCGUCCCAAAAAGUUUGUUACGUUUAGAAAAAACUGCGUCCCGUAAAGUCUGUUACAUUUCUAUUAAAAAACCACGUUUACC